AUGGAGUCCUACUACGACUAUGAUACUUCAACAUUAAGUAAUUUGGAAGACUACUACGAAGAACAAAACUAUACUUUAGUAAAUGAAGAUCCUUUCGAGAACUGGUAUCCUAAUCAUCACUACUUUACAGUCAUGAACGUAAUGGAGUUUAUUUUGAAAGUUGCUACAUUUUUCAUCAACAUUUUUAUUGUUGGUUGCUUCUUUAAAUAUUCGGCUUUGAGGACUAGAGAGUUAAUGUUUAUACUAAAUUUUACUAUAUUAAAUAUAUUGUAUAUUUCGUAUGAAUUUAUAUUAACUGAUAUAUCGAGCUCGUGGUAUCCAUACUAUUGUGAAAUCAGCCAUAUUUCUUUCUACUUGUUUUUAAUGAAUUAUUUAAUGUUAGGAUUGGUAAAUGUACAUUGGUAUAUUGUGAAUUUUAAGGAAAAUUUGAUAACAAAGUACAGCAGGGUAUACCAACAUUUUUUUGCAAUAAUAUACGGUAUAUCCUUUAUAAUAUUUGCGGGAACUUUUUCUAUUUGUUAUAGUAAUAUUGCGUAUGUUAUAGGUUUACAAAUAAUUUUGUGGUUUAUUGCAAUAACAUCAGUAGCUAUACAUUAUAUAGGAAGAAACAAGUUAUCACUAAAGAAUUCAUACAUACCAAGAGCUUCAAUUAUUGCAAUGUCAUUAUGGUUACCAAUGUUAAUUAACCAUAUUCUUAUACAGAUUUUACACACUAAACAUUUUCUCCUCAACUUUGCAAUUCAUAUGGCAUACUUUACCAAUAAUUUAUUCAUUUGUAGCCCACUUGUCAUAAUUUAUUUUUUGACCAAGCACAAUAAGUAUUUUAAUAAUGCCCUUACAACUUUUUGUGGAAUACGUAAGAAAGAAGGAGAGGUUCUGGAAAACGAAGAUGAUUACGAAGAAGUUAUGAUUCAAACCCCACAGUUCAAUGGAAAUGUUUAG